AUGGGCCUGCCCAAACCCAACCGUCCGUUCAGGGACGACUCGCCUCUCCCAUCUUCGGCCUCGGCCCAUUCCCUCCAGACAUAUCAGGACGUGGAGCCGGAAGAAAACCCACCUACUUACACAGAUGAUGAUACUCUGACAAUCCCCCAAUCCCGCUCCCCCAUAAACACCAACAAUCUCUCGUCCGUAGGGCGCCUGGUGAGCCCUUACGACAUCCCUGGAGGGCGUAUGAUAUCCUCCUCGCCCGCCAAGAAGACAUACACGGUGACCCUCGAGCCGCAAUUUUCCCAGAAUCCUAAGGCGCUCUGUUCUCUGGUUACAUUUCAAGCAAACCGUCCGCCUGUGCCCAUUAUAGUCGUUAAGGGCACGCAUACGGUCACGAACAAGAAUUCUGGGUCGAACAAGGGAUCCAGCAAGGAUACUGUGGUCGAUUUUGAUUUUCGCAUUAAUUGCGUCGGCUCUGUGUUGCCGGAUGUUGAUCAGCUGGGGGAUCGGUGUCGGUUUGUGGAGGUUGUGCAAGAUAACGAUGGAAGGAAGAAAUACAGGGGAGGGAGGUUAAAGAGCAAAGGUGGGAGCAAAAAUAAGAAGCAGGACCGUGUUGCUGGUACUGGUACGAACGCAGAUCUUGAGGAGGGCCAGGGGUUGAUGGCGGGGAGUGACGGACCAGAUUUGGAGGAAUGGUGCAGACGAUUCUGCAAUGAUAAGGCGGGAGUCAAGUCCUUCACCUUUCACCGCGCUCUGGAAGUCUGGAACCACCCCGUGCUCCACAAGGGCAUCACAACCCUGAUCCGCUCCCUCAAUUACCGCGGUCACAUCUGCAUAGAAAUUCAUACACACAACGCUCACUUAACCGUCUAUUCACCCUCGCUCCUUAACAAACUGCGCACACACAGCCUCGUCUGGUGGGCCUGCGUGCUCCUUCAACUCUGGAUAAUUACCUGGCCGCUUCUCUGGCUGCUCGAGAAACGCUAUGAGCCUAUCACAGCCAUCUGGUAUGCGCGGUAUGACGAAGAGUACGCCUGUGGGCUUAGUGAGACAGCAUGGCUAGAGUUUUUCACCCCUGUUAUCAAGAGGUCGGUGUUGGGGAGGGCUCGGGAUGGGGAGGUUGUGGGAUUAGAGGAGGCCAAGAGUGCAAGGGAGGAAGCGAGUAUUGUGGCUAGGGGUGAAGGGCAGAGAUUGGAGUCUGAGGCGGAGAGGGAGAGGAGGGAAAGGGUGCAGCGGGGUCAGGGGGGUUGGGCAGACUCGUUGGUGGGCGUAGUAAGGGGCGUCGCGGAAGUGGGGAUGGAAAUUAAUCAGGUAACAGGGUGGGGUGGAGAUCGUUGA